AACGCACUUAAACUGAAGAUAUUUAAGGCAAUGUUUUAGUAACAGGCACCACACAUUUCGGAUUCAACGCGCAACAGAAGAGGAACCAUUCAUAGAAUUGUCCUUGAGGAAGCAGGUCGCUUCAGUUUGCUUCAGUUAAGAUGCAACAUUUUAUAAUGUGGUCGAUGUUAUUUGGGAGCACGUUCCUGCUAUCCGCUAAUGGAGGUGUUUUUCACGUGGAUCCUAAAUUCCACCACAACCAGACUGUUGGCUCAAGUAUGGCUCGUUCCACUCUACCCAAAUUUCAUUUGGAGCGAUUGUUGUCCAAAGAGUUGGACCAGACUUCCUCCGAUCAACCUGGAGGGAUCCGAAGUCUGCCGCCAAGUGCCGAUGGAAGUGAAUGCCGAAAGAGGAACUCUCCAUUCAUGCAAAUUGUCAAUCUAAUCAUAACCGACGCAUCAGGUUGUUAUGAAUUCAUGACACCCAAUUACCCCAACAACUACAACAGCAGCCCCAAACGGGUGGCUUACAAAUGUUCCACUGUGAUUUCAUUUCCAACUGGGACCAAGCCCAAUUUCAUCCUUGAUCAAAACGACUUUGACGUUCCCAGUUCCGCCCAAUGCUCGAAAGAUAAACUCAUAGUAAGGAAUAUUGAAGAGAUGGGUCAAACCGUGGAUGAUGCCGGUACAACUGAUGGCGAGGUCAUCUAUUGUGGACUCUAACUUCUGGCGCACGAUUCCCCGCGCCUAAUGGCAACAUUGAAUUUGAGUUUAGGGCCACAAAAUCUGGCAAUGACGAGGAGUGAGAACGUUGAUUUGUUUUGAUUAAGACCGCAGACACGAUAUAAUUGAAGCAUGCUUAAAUUC